AUGCGGGCCCUCGGGGAGAUGGGGCAGACCGGAAAGGCGGACCUGCAAGAGCGGGGCAAGGCGUGGGUGGAGUCGAUGCUGGCGCGGUUCGGCCCCGCAACGGACAGGGCGCAGAACAUCACCACUCUGGAGUUUGAGAAGCCGCUGCUAGAGCUCGACAAGCGCAUCAAGGAGGUCAGCCAUCCACCGCCCCCUGAUGGGCUUUGA